AUGAAAGGCAGUAUACAAAAUGUUCAGACAUGGCCUUUCCCUGAAGAUGAGGAGAAGUUGAAACUCACUCCGAGAUCUCGGCCUCUUUCUCCGGUUCGCGUCACAAGUGAAUUCGUGAAUGCAGAUGGUGUUGUGAAUCGAGACGAUGAUGAGAAGUCCCAAACACAUUCAUCUUCAAGUUCGGAGGAGGAUGAUCGAUUACGCGACUCAGUGGUGUUGGAUAUAGAACGACCUGAGCUCCCUGCUCGAUCAGAAGCGGACGCUGAUGGACGCACUUAUCUCUACGCAAUGCGAACGCAUAGCGGGAAAUAUCACGAUGUCGGCCAGUUUGUCCUUGUAUUCAAUCCUCAGAGACCGACCUGCGAUGUGAUGCGAAUAGAUAAGCUAUGGAGAGAGAAGGAUGGAAGCGAGUGGUUUAGUGGAGGCUAUCUAGCACGGCCAUGCGAUAUACAACAUGACGCCGGGAGAAUGUUCUAUAUUCGCGAGCGGGAAAUCAAAUUGGGUGGCUCGGGGAAGAAAGACCUCGCAGAAUACAGGGUUUUUCGUUCACCUGUGGUACUAGACUUGAUGGUGUUUGCUGUCGAUCAACCUGACCAAACCCGAAGGAUCGAGGACAUUCAAAGUCACUGUGCAGUGCUAACUCCGAAAGAGUUCGUAAAAGAACGUCCGACGGAGAUUCCUGAAUGUGACGUUUUUGUGUGCGAUUCUCGCAUACCGGGCCAUUCUUUCGCGAAAGGCGAACCAUCGUCGCUGUUCAUUAAGCCAACGGAAAAAACCACUGCCGAUGACGAAAACUAUGAUCCUUUGAACGGUAGCGCCCCGAUGCAUAUAGACUCAGCAAAGCCUCUCCGGAAGUUCAAGGUGAGCAUCAGUCUUAAUCUGGUUGGAGGGCGGGCGCCUCGUCUGCCUGCUGUAGAACUUCUCUUCCAUGCUGUUGUGGGUGCGGAAGGCGGAGAAGAUAGGCCGGGAGAGCCGUCUGCAUUCAUGAUUGCUCGUUUUUAA